AUGACAGGGGCAAAAAGGAAAAAGAAAAGCAUUUUCUGGAACAAGAUCCAUAGUCUACACUGUGAAGAUAUUAAGCUGUGGUGUAAAAGGCGCCUACCUAUUUUGGAAUGGGCACCGUAUUACAAUCUGAAAGAAAACUUGCUUCCAGAUACAGUGUCUGGAAUAAUGCUGGCAGUUCAACAGGUAACGCAAGGGUUGUCCUUUGCCAUACUCUCAGCUGUGCACCCAGUUUUUGGUUUAUAUGGGUCUUUAUUUCCUGCUGUUAUUUAUGCCAUAUUUGGAAUGGGACGACAUGUUGCUACAGGUACGUUUGCCUUGACGUCCUUAAUCUCAGCCAAUGCAGUGGAACGGCUUGUUCCUCAGAACAGUUACAACAUGACCAGCCAGAGUAACACAAGUGUGCUAGGGUUAUCUGAUUUCGAGAUGCAAAGAAUUGGUGUUGCUACAGCUGUUUCCUUUUUGGGAGGUGUGAUUCAGGUGGCCAUGUUUGUGCUUCAGUUGGGCUGUGCCACAUUUUUAGUCACUGAGCCUGUGAUCAGUGCAAUGACAACUGGAGCCGCCACACACGUUGUGACUUCACAAGUCAAGUAUCUCUUGGGAAUAAAAAUGCCAUAUAUAUCUGGACCACUUGGAUUCUUUUACAUUUAUGCAUAUGUCUUUGAAAAUAUCAAGUCUGUUCGUCUGGAGGCAUUACUUCUAUCCUUGCUGAGCAUUGUUGUGCUUGUUCUGGUUAAAGAACUGAAUGAACAGUUUAAAAGGAAAAUUAAAGUUGUCCUUCCUAUUGAUUUAGUUCUGAUUAUUGUUGCAUCAAUUGCUUGUUAUUACUCCAACAUGGAAGACACAUAUGGCUUAGAAGUACUUGGUCACAUUCCAAAAGGGAUUCCUCCGCCUAGAGCCCCUCCUAUGAACAUCCUAUCUGCAGUCCUCAGGGAGGCAUUUGGAUUUGCACUUGUAGGCUAUGUGGCUUCCCUGGCUCUUGCUCAAAGAUCUGCAAAAAAUUUCAAAUAUUCAGUUGAUGACAAUCAGGAGUUUUUGGCCCAUGGUCUCAGCAAUGUGAUCGCCUCAUUUUUCUUCUGCAUACCAAGCGCUGCUGCCUGGGGGAGGACUGCCUGCUUAUACAGCACAGGAGCCAAGACACAGGUGGCUUGUUUAAUUUCUUGUAUUUUUGUCCUGAUAGUCAUCUAUGCAGUAGGACCUCUACUUUACUGGCUGCCCAUGUGUGUUCUUGCAAGCAUUAUUGUCGUGGGACUGAAGGGAAUGCUAAUCCAGUUUCGAGAUUUAAAAAAAUAUUGGAAUGUGGAUAAAAUCGAUUGGGGAAUAUGGGUCAGUACAUAUAUAUUUACAAUAUGCUUUGCUGCUAAUGUGGGACUGCUGUUUGGUGUUCUGAGCACCAUAGCUAUCGUGAUUGGUCGCUUUCCAAGAGCAAAUACACUGAAUGUUAAAAACAUAAAAGAAUUGGAAUUUAAAGUGAAGACUGAAACAGAUGGUGAAACUCUGCAGCAAGUGAAGAUUAUCUCCAUAAACAAUCCACUUGUUUUCCUAAAUGCAAAGAAGUUUCAGAUGGAUAUAAUGAACAUAAUUCAGAAAGAGAAUGCCAGCAACCAGCCACUUGAUGAUAUCAGCAAGUGUGAGCAAAAUACAUUGCUCAAUUCUCUCUCUAAUGGCAACUGUAAUGAAGAAGCUUCCCAGACCUGCACAAAUGAGAAGUGUUCUUUCAUCUUGGAUUGCAGUGGAUUGACAUUUUUUGACUCUUCUGGAAUUUCUGUCCUCGUGGAGGUUUACAUGGACUGUAAAAGCAGGAGUGUUGAUUUAUCAUUAGCUCACUGCACAGCCUCCUUGGUAAAAGCGAUGAGCUACAGUGGAAAUCUAGACUCAGAGAAACCAAUUUUUUUUGAAUCUAUAUCUGCCGCAGUAUGUGGUGUCCAUUCAAAUAAGAAUUUGAGCAAACUUAAUGACUGCAGCGAAGUCUGA